AUGAGUGUGGAACAGCAUCAUCAGCAACAAAAGCAGCAGCAGCAACAACAGCAAUUGACGGCUAUUGAAUUAACCAAACCCAAUAAUAACAAUAACAACACCAACAACAUUUCAGCAAACGCCAAUUCCAACAGCAACAAUGGCAAUGGCAAUAAUAUCCAUUGCAAAACAAAUAAUGAUCUGCUAAAACACAAUAAUGAUGUUGUUAAUUUGCACAAAGCCAAAGAAGAGCUAUUGGAAAAAUCCACCUCUACAUCGGCUGGCGGCAUACCAAAUAACAAACAAAAUGGUCAACAUUAUAAUGCGGAGACCAAUGGUGGGGAGCACCUAAAAGUUGCCAAUGACAAAAGAGAAAAAUCCCUGCUCGACGAAGCGAAUACCAUCAUUGACAGCCAUGAGGAGAAAAGUGAAAAUGAAAUUUCCCAACAGCAAAAACAUGGAGAAAAUGAAAACAACGAGGCUGGCGAUGAGGAUGAUGAAGAUGAUGAGCCUAGCUUAAAUACGGCCUGUAUUAUAAAAUCUCCAUUAAACAAAACCCUACUCAAGAAAUGCACCCCCAAUGGUAAUGGUAAUUUAAGUCCCUUAGCCUUGAACACCAGUGCCAGCAGCCACACCUGUUGCUGUGACCAUGAGGAGGAAACCUCAUCUCCCAAUGUCCAUGAAAGCUCAACACUUGAAGAUUUAAGUUCUACAGCGGCCAGUGGUGGCGGCCAUGACAAGCCACCGGCGCACUUUGAUCCUUUUACCAAAAUUCCCAUACCCACGACAUCAUCAAUGCCAACAACAACCACCACCACCAACAACACAUCGGCCACUCCUUCGAAUGCAAAUCAAACCAAUAUUAAGUGUACAAAAUGCAAUAACAACAACAACAUACAUUACAACAACUACAAUUGUUAUUAUCGCAAGAAAGCGGCACGUUUGAAACCAUCAAUAUGUCGUAAGAAUUGUUGUUUUUGCUAA